GUUGCCUUUUUUGUCAAUAAUUACUUCGUCCCCAAUGACAUCAUGAUCCCCAACCAGACGCACAUCCUGCGAUUGCCAUAAAGCCUCGCUUGAUAUUGUGAAUUCACCAACGCUAUCCUCCCUUUCUCCACAAACCCAGUUUCACACCUAAACAAUUAUGAGUGAUGAAUACGCAAGCACCGGAUACAAAGGCUCUCUCGUCAACCAAUCUGUAAACCCCCGAAGUGAUAACAUAGAUUUUGAAACUAAGAACUAUCCUUCUGAACACGACAGUACCUCUGAGGGAGGCUACGGCUCUCCCACCAAUUCGUGGUCUCCCCGAGCUCAACGGGGACAUCCGGGAUCUUCGGAUGACAACUCCAGCGGCCUUUUGAGUCAGUCGGUGAUGCAGGAUGCUAAGCAGGGUCGGGAUGAAUCUUCUAGGCGACAAUUUGGGCACGAAGCUCAAAGAGACUUUGCUGCAAAGGAUGUCCAUGCUGGUUUUGAUCCGUACGGAAGGAAUCCUGACAGUAAAGAAGAGGUCAGUCAGAUGUUGGCAUCGAGCUACAGAGAGAGAAGAGAGCAGAAGUACGAGAGCAGUUCCGCCGGCCGCGAGGAGGAAGAAUUCAAAGAAGAAUGAGUGGACGUUGUUCGGUUUAUGAGAUACUAGUCAUGGGCAAAUGCCUUUCUACCAGCGAAGUCGAAACCAUCGGAAGUAUUUAUACCUCGUCUACAUGGUCAAUUGAACUAUUUCACUCGCUCAUAUCAGGUGCUGACAUCCAGGAUCGAGCAAUACUGUGAAAUGUAACUCCGUCUUGUCUCUAGCUCUCUAGCCUGGAGAGACACUGUCGACAUUGGGUAGUUUCAACCUCAAUGCGAACAAAAGACCACGAUCAUC